AUGCACGUUGACUAUAUCGUGGAGUAUGACUAUGAUGCUGUACAUGAUGAUGAAUUAACUAUUCGAGUUGGGGAAAUCAUCAGGAACGUGAAAAAACUACAGGAGGAAGGAUGGCUUGAAGGAGAGCUGAAUGGGAGAAGGGGAAUGUUCCCUGAUAAUUUUGUUAAGGAAAUUAAGAGAGAGACAGAAUCCAAGGAUGGCAAUUUCCCCAUCAAAAGGGAAAGGCAUGGAAAUGUAGCAAGUCUUGUACAACGAAUAAGCACCUAUGGUCUUCCAGCUGGAGGAAUUCAGCCACAUCCACAAACCAAAAACGUUAAAAAGAAGAUUAAGAAACGUCAGUGUAAAGUUCUCUUUGAGUACAUUCCACAAAAUGAGGAUGAACUGGAGCUGAAAAUAGGAGAUAUUAUUGAUAUUAAUGAAGAGGUAGAAGAAGGUUGGUGGAGUGGAACCCUAAACAGCAAGUCGGGACUGUUUCCCUCAAAUUUUGUGAAAGAAUUAGAGGUAACAGAUGAUGGUGAAACUCAUGAAGCCCAAGAGGACUCAGAAAUAGUUUUGACCGGGCCUACCUCACCCUUACCCUCUCCGGGAAAUGGGAGCGAAACUGUACCUGGACCAAUUGCACAGCCAAAGAAAAUUCGAGGAAUUGGAUUUGGAGAUAUUUUUAAAGAAGGCUCUGUGAAACUUAGGACAAGAACAUCCAGUAAUGAAAUUGAAGAGAAAAAAAUAGAAAAGCCCUCACUCAUACAGUCAGUAGGAUCCAAAACUCAGAGUGCAGAGGUAACAAAAACAGAAACUGAAGGUAGAAUUAAAGCUAAGGAAUAUUGCAGAACAUUAUUUGCCUAUGAAGGUACUAAUGAGGAUGAGCUUAGUUUUAAAGAGGGGGAGAUAAUCCAUUUGAUAAGUAAGGAGACUGGAGAAGCUGGUUGGUGGAAAGGUGAACUUAAUGGUAAAGAAGGAGUAUUUCCAGACAAUUUUGCUGUUCAGAUAAAUGAACAAGAUAAAGACUUUCCAAAACCAAAGAAACCACCACCUCCUGUUAAGGGUCCAGCUCCAAAGCCUGAGCUAAUAACUACAGAGAAGAAGUAUUUUCCUAUAAAGCCUGAAGAAAAAGAUGAAAAGCCAACUCUAGAACAGAAACCUAAACCAGCUGCUCCACAAGUCCCACCCAAGAAGCCUACUCCACCCACCAAAGCCAAUAAUCUGUUGAGAUCUCCUGCAAUGGUAUACUCAAAACGACCAGAAAAACCAGUUCCUCCACCACCUCCUAUAGCCAAGGUUAAUGGGGAAAUUUCUACCAUUUCAUCAAAAUUUGAAGCUGAGCCAGUAUCAAAACCAAAACUAGAUUCUGAACCACUUAGACCAAAAUCAGUAGAACUAGACUCUUUUGCAGUAAGGAACUCAAAAGAAACAGAUCUUGUAAAUUUUGAUGAUAUAGCUUCCUCGGAAAACUUACAACAUCUCACUGCAAAUAGACCAAAGAUGCCUGGAAGGAGGUUGCCUGGUCGCUUCAACGGUGGACAUUCUCCAACUCAAAGCCCAGAAAAAAUCUUAAAGUUACCAAAAGAGGAAGAAGAUAGUGCCAACCUAAAACCAUCUGAAUUUAAAAAGGAUACAUGCUACUCUCCAAAGUCAUCUGUGUACCUUCCAACACCUGCAAGUGCUUCUUCUAAACCAAAUAUUGCUGCUUUCCUAACUCCAUUAGAAAUCAAAGCUAAAGUAGCAGAUGAUGGGAAAAGAAAUCCCCUGGAUGAACUUAAAGCACAGAUUAUUGAAUUGCUUUACAUUGUAGAAACACUGAAAAAGGAUCAUGGGAAAGAAUUAGAAAAACUACGAAAAGAUUUGGAAGAAGAAAAGGCAUUGAGGAGUAACCUAGAGGUGGAAAUAGAGAAGCUGAAAAAAGCAGUCCUAUCUUCUUGAGGUGGCAUGAGAUCCAGUGUUUAAUGUUCCAGGGAUUUGGAAACAAC